UCCUGCCAGACAGCACACUGCACACAACCUCCAACAAAGGGACCCCCUCCCCCUCCCCUACCCACACCUCGCCCCCCCCACCUCACCACCCCGCUGCCCUCCCUCUCGCCCCCCCCACUCAUUCACAAAUGUCAUCAGGCUUCGGCACCUCAGGCGGGCGCGGCCGCUGCUUCCCCUUCUGGCAAGAGUUCGCGCGCUGCUACGUGCAGGCCGACACCGACCCCAAGACCGAGUGCAGGAAGGGGUUUGAGGACUACCAGGAGUGUUUGUACCAUCGGAAGGAGCUUCUACGAAUGACCCUCGUCCAAGAAGAGUACAUCAAGACCCGGCAGAGCGAGGAGCAGCAGAAGGCGGCUGCCGCAGCAGGGGCGGGGAAGGCUUAGACAUGUGGAUAUCGUCCGAAGGCGGAGGGUGCGAGUGGGAUGUGCGUAAGGAGAUGUAUGAAGAAACGAGAUGGAGAGUUGGGAUGGGAUGCGGAGUGAGGAACGGUGGUGUAUGGAGUGGAGACUAGCAACAUUACCGCUCGACAUAACCCCGGACUACGAAAUUUCGAAAUAUCACCCGACUAUCACAUCAACAUCAAGAUCACCCCAGAACCACUCCCACCACCACCAACUCCAUAGCCUCGAUACAUACGGACAAUUCAAACCAUUCAUCGCCGAUGCGGAAAGGGAGAGACGGGAUGUAUAUGAUGCUCCCAGCGAAAGGAUCUCCCUUUUUUCUUCCGUUCAAGACCCCUUCCCGACGCCCUGCAUCGAGCAUGCCAUCCGCAACCACUCCCUGUAUGGUGGCGACGACCCCCCCCCCCCCCC